AUGGCCGAUUACGAUUCCGACUCCUCAGGCGCAGAGGACAUUGCCACCAACGUUCUGCUGGGCUACGCAUCGAGAGAACCAACAAGCGACGACUUCAGCCAGCUUGGAGGACAUCCGACAUGGCUAGACGAUAAGACCGCUCCAUCGGGCAGCUUGGCCAAAUGCAGAGUAUGCAAUGGUCUCAUGAACUUACUACUGCAGAUCAAUGGAGAUUUGCCAGAAAGGUUUCCGGGACAUGAGAGGAGAUUAUACCUGUGGGCUUGUCGGAAGAAGACUUGUCGACGGAAGGAGGGCAGUGUGAGGGCCUUUCGGGCGACGAGGCAGACGGCGGUGCAACAAGUGAAGGAGAAGAGAGAAGAGAAGAGCCAGCCCAAAGCACCGGCACCACAACCCGCGAACAACUUGGGAGAGACGCUCUUUGGCGUGAAGCCUGGAACAAAUACCCAAGCCAACCCAAUCGCCUCAGGUUCUAGCAGCGGCGCUUCAGCAAAUCCCUUCGCCGCAAAUGGAACGGCAUCAAAUCCAUUCUCCUCCGCCUCCUCCCUCGCCGCAAAACCACCGCAACAGCCCGAAGUCGACGAAGCAGCUUCCCUCCCAGAGACCUUCGCGCAAAAAGCCCGCAUCACCGAUGCACCAUCCCCUGAAACGCAACCCUCUCCCAAAGAACCCUGGCCCUCCCCCUCGAACUUCCCUGACCCCUUACCCCACUACCACCUCGACGCUGACACUGAAUACAUCGAGGCCUCAGCCGACGACCAAACGCCCUCCAACGUCCAAAUCGACCGCGGUGAGGGCUCGAGCGGCGGCAGUGGCGCAGACGACAAAACGCUCUUCGAAAGCACCAUGGACAAAACCUUCCAGCGCUUCGCAGACCACCUGUCGCAGAACCCCGAGCAAGUUUUGCGCUAUGACUUUGAGGGCCAGCCGUUAUUGUACUCGAAGAGUGAUAAGGUGGGCAAGUUGUUCGCGGAGGCUGCGGGGCAGGAGGGGAAUGUGAAGGUCAAGACACAGGGUGGUGGAGCGAAGAUUCCACGAUGUAACAAUUGUGGUGCGGCGAGGGUGUUUGAAUUGCAGCUCACGCCGCAUGUGAUUACGGAGCUGGAAGCGGAUGAGAUGUCGAUCGAUGGGAUGGACUGGGGCACGAUUAUUCUGGGCGUGUGCAGUAAGGAUUGCCAGGAGAGCGGGAUAGACAGUGGAGAGGUGGGAUAUGUGGAAGAGUGGGUUGGUGUGCAAUGGGAGGAGUUAGCCGGCACCAGGCGGCCGGCCUGA